UCGUGGCUCUAAAUCGUGAGCAUGCUUAGAUUGCCAUCCGUUUAGCCCACUCUGUUCUGCUGUAUGAUCUGCCAUCUGCUAUCCUGGCGUAGACCUUGUUUCCUUCAGCUCUGGCUGCCUCUCGUUAGGCGUCUACUGCCAUUUGUCGACAUCAUGUUCAGCUCAUGCACUUGCAGCCAAUCAUACGACUGCGCUUGGCUUCAUUAUGUGUGGGAGCCGAACGACAAUGCUUAGAUAUACGUGUAUAUCUACAGAGCGUCUCUGGACAUUGCCGUCGGCUUACAAGACUUGUUGUGCUCAAUCUUUCACAAAAGCCGAUAGUGUGCUACCCACCUGCACCUUACGUACGGUAAAAAAGUCUUCCACUUUGCGCCACACAUAUAGCAUCAUGCAAGGGCAGAAUACACAGUUUUAUCCAGCAUGCCAUCUCCUUGGACUUCCAGGAGAGCUCCGUGGCCAGAUUCUAGAUUAUGUCUUCCAAGGUGAAGACGAUUAUCCAAACAGCCGACUAAAACUGCCUUUGGUGUGUCGUACGUUCUAUUUGGAAGCUUGUCAGCUCGCAUGGAAACAUGGGACACAUACAGUCAGCGCUCCGGCUUCAACACUCCAAACUGACGUUGAACGUCUAUCUGUCACACGGAGAAAGACCGUGACUGCCAUAGCAUAUCCAUCCCUCUGUCAUUGGGCCAAUUUAUCAUCUAUCCUUUACAGUGCAGGGGUCUUACCUAUCACAGAAACAGUGAUCAUAGACCGGAUUCCAGACUGGGAGAAGCCCACACUGCUACGGGAGGACACCUGCUCGUUUGAAGAUAUAUGGGCCUCUCGCAAAGAAAUACCACACAUUCCUAUGCCCUGGGAACCAAGACCUCCACCCGACCCGCGGGCCGUGUUCAAUAAAGCGCUUGCUAAAGCGGUAUGGUCCAACCCGAAACUGAAACGUGUGCGUUUUGUCUCGUCACUCCUAUCGGACACUGAGCUAGAGGGGCAGGCCUCUCUUCUCAUUUACAACCUCGAUGAGCAUUUGAGUCGUCUUGCAGACGAAGAACAUCUGUUGAGAGGACAGCCCCGUGGCUUGGGAAGGCCGAGGCUGAUUAUUUGCGGUUCGGUUGACAACGACGUGCAUAGCUAUAUCAACCCGAAGAUCGAAGAUCAGGACGGAGAAGCGAGAAGAUUCGAUGAAUUGUUAAUCUGGCGGGAAGGACGUUGUAUGCUCGUUGAGAGAAAUAGUUCAUAGGCUGCUGGGGUCCAUGUAGACGGUUGUCUCAAACCGAAGAUCAAGGCUUUUGUAUUUUACACGCAGACCCAGC